ACAUACAUACAUGCAAAACCUUGCUUCGAUCAAUAUUCUUGUCGUCUACAUGAUCAGGAUCCUUCAAAUCCACACAACUUCUCGUAACAACUUUACAUUAUAUCAACGGGAACAACCAAAUUAAACUUUUUAGUCGUCAAGUUCAUUUUGGAUCGAGAUAGAUCAUGAACAAUAUGAUUAAACAAAUGAGGGUAAAAUUUUCUGGCAUCGAAGAUGGAAACGACCCAAAAACUUCACGUGAUAGAGACCGGAAAUUAACCCCUCAAAAAAGUCUAUCCUAUAAAGGAGAUCAGAGCAGAUCAAGAGGUCAAAACUGGUAUAGAGGACAGUCUUCUCGUGAGCUUACCUAUGAUUAUGAUUCUGAUUACAUGGAAAGCGAUGAAUUCCAAACAGCAGUUGCAGCAGCUGCAUAUGCCAUUAAUGCUUCAGUUGAAGAAGAACGUAAAAGAGCAAGACGAAGACGCGAAGAAAGUUUGAGCAAACCCAAGAAGAAACAAGAAGGAGGCGCGGUUUCUGUCACCACAAGGGCUAGAGAAAGAAUCCCUUCUUCUUCUUCUUCUGGGCGCAAUAAGAUGAAGACCAAGGAAGAUGAUGAUAAUGUUCCGAUAUCAACCCCUAGCUUCCUCUCCAAGAGAUUUUCAGAUUUGAAAGAAAAGAUGCCACCCCAAAGAGCUCAUUCUCCUGCAAACACUACAGAGCCAAAAGAACCAUCCUUCAAAAGGAGUUCUAGUUCUUUUGACAAGCAAUCAUCAGACAAAAGAAGCCCUGAAAGCAGCUUUGCAAGUAGUAGUCGUCAAACUCCAACAAGACAACCCACAUUCCCAGCCACCAACGUCGAUAGAAAGCGUGCAGAACCUAGAAUCGAAGAGACAAAGGCAGAUGUUUGGGAGCAAACUGAGCUGGAAAGAAUACAAGAGCGGUAUGAAAAAGUGAAUGCCAAAAUACUUGAGUGGGAAAAUGAGAAGAAGGAGAAAGCAAAGAAGAAGUUGUCAAGAAAUAAGGAUGAGUCGGGGAAGAAAAGGGCCCGAGCAUUGCAGAGCUACAAGACUGAUAUGGAAAUGAUUGAUCAGAUUGCCCAAGGAGCAAGGUCACAGGCUGCGGAAAACCGAAGGAAGGAGAUAAUAAAGGUUAAGGAGAAGGCCAACAACAUUAGGCUUACCGGAAAAAUCCCAACCAAAACAUGUUUAUGCUUUUAAUUAUUAUAUCUUGACAAAAAGCUACUGUAUAUAUCUCAGCUCAUGAUCAAGAACAUCAUUAAUACUAUUCCUAGUCCUAGUAUAUAUGUAUUUGUAAAUAUGUAUAGCUACAUACGAUUGUUUAAUAUUCGUAUCUUACUUAUUUUACAUGUUUACAUGAUUAUAAAGCCAUGUUUAUGCUUAACAUAAUUAAAAAAAAUUGU